AUGGCUGAUUCUGACCCUGGGGAAAGAAACUAUGAUAACAUGCUGAAAAUGCUGUCUGACCUGAAUAAGGAUCUGGAAAAACUAUUGGAAGAGAUGGAAAAAAUCUCAGUGCAGGCGACGUGGAUGGCCUAUGACAUGGUGGUCAUGCGUACCAACCCCACACUGGCAGAGUCCAUGCGCCGACUGGAGGAUGCCUUUCUCAACUGCAAGGAAGAAAUGGAGAAGAACUGGCAAGAGCUGCUCAGUGAGACCAAGCACAAACAGUAG